CACUGCCGCGCAGCUAAACCGCAUCGAACUAUCCUCAUCGUCUUCCUCCGCCGCUAUAGGGGCCUAAGCGGGAGCGGCCUGGACGGCGUCACUGAGAGGGCUGGGGGCGGAAGUGGAGGCGGAGGGAGACGGUACAGUCCGCAGGGCCUUGGACCUUCGCGGCGAGGCUCUGGUGGGCGCGAGGCAGGGGAGGGGGGAGGAGGAGGAGCCCGCGGCCCGGGCGGCGGCGGCGGCGGCGGCGGCGCCCGAGUUCCCCGUAGGGCCCCGCCUCGGAGCGGGCGGUGGUGGAGGAGGAGCAGGAUGGCGGCCUCGGCCCUGUACGCCUGCACCAAGUGUACCCAGCGCUAUCCCUUCGAGGAGCUCUCCCAGGGCCAGCAGCUCUGCAAGGAAUGUCGGAUUGCGCAUCCUAUUGUAAAAUGUACUUACUGCAGAUCAGAAUUUCAACAAGAGAGCAAAACUAAUACAAUUUGUAAGAAAUGUGCUCAAAAUGUGAAGCAAUUUGGCACACCUAAGCCUUGUCAGUACUGUAACAUAAUUGCAGCAUUUAUUGGUACAAAGUGUCAGCGUUGUACAAAUUCAGAAAAAAAAUAUGGACCACCUCAGACCUGUGAACAGUGCAAACAACAAUGUGCUUUUGAUCGAAAGGAGGAAGGAAGAAGAAAGGUUGAUGGAAAGUUGUUAUGCUGGCUCUGUACUUUAUCAUACAAGAGAGUUUUACAGAAGACAAAAGAACAAAGGAAGAGCCUGGGAUCUUCACAUUCAAACUCAUCUUCUUCAUCUCUUACCGAGAAAGACCAGCAUCAUUCAAAACAUCACCACCACCAUCAUCACCAUCACCAUCGUCACAGCAGUAGUCACCACAAAAUCAGCAAUCUGAGUCCAGAACAAGAGCAGGGACUGUGGAAACAGAGCCAUAAAUCCUCUGCAGCAAUUCAGAAUGAAACUCCAAAGAAAAAGCCCAAAUUGGAAUCUAAGCCAUCUAAUGGAGAUAGUAGCUCUAUAAAUCAGUCAGCAGAUAGUGGGGGAACAGACAAUUUUGUCCUUAUAAGUCAACUGAAAGAAGAAGUGAUGUCACUUAAACGUCUCUUACAGCAGAGAGACCAGACCAUUUUAGAAAAAGAUAAAAAGUUAACUGAACUAAAGGCAGACUUUCAGUACCAAGAGUCAAAUUUGAGAACAAAGAUGAACAGUAUGGAAAAAGCUCACAAAGAAACUGUGGAACAACUUCAGGCCAAAAACAGAGAACUACUCAAACAGGUCGCAGCAUUGUCAAAGGGUAAAAAGUUUGACAAAAGUGGAAGCAUACUAACAUCCCCUUGAGAAAGUAGUUAUUCAUGUAGUGUUUCUGCUGAAAAUGUAAAUUUGAGAAAAAUUCUGUGAAGCCCUUAAAUUCUGUGUAGUGGAGAAAUAUUUUUGCACACCAGAUGAAUUGGCGUGUUUCCUAUUCACUUUUGUAACUGAUAUACAGCAUUUUUUAAGUUGUAAAACGUUCAAAUAAAACUUCAACUGGCUUGAAGUUACUUUUUAAUGAUUUGCUAUCCAGGAACUUUUUUGCCAGCAAUAGUAUUAAACACUUGUAAAGGAGUGCAUGAGUCGUGCUCUUUAUAAAAUGCAACAUGCAAUAAUAGAGUAGGUGACGGUGUUCAGAAGUCAGAGCAGCAGGGCUUUCGGUUUGUUUUGUUUUUUGUUUUACACUAUGUUGAUUUCAGAUAAACAGUUUUCACUUUAGAAAUACAAAAACUUUUAAACAAAGAAAAUGGUAAACACUGGUUUUUUUGGUAAUUGUGUUUUUACUUUGCAUCAACAUGAAUUUAGGAGAAAAUCAUGGUGCUUUUAUUAAAUGAACUUCAGAGUAUAUGUAAAUAUGUUUUUAAAAGUUACAUCAUUAACAUUAGUUAGUAAACUAGUAUUUUCAUUAUUGGUAUAAGAAUUAAUGUUUAUUGUACAGUAUCCAAGGUAAAAUGUGUUCUGUUUUGUACAAACUACUGUAGAUUUUUACUUACAAGUGCCUUUUUGCCACCUAAUGUUUUUAUUUAUAGGAAUGCUGAUCUUUUGUACAUACAGUUUGUUUUAAAAUCAUGUUUAAUAAAUGUUUGUAUAUAAAUGCAUAUGUACAGAAGCCUAUUUCAAAAGGAAAUCAAAGUUGUUAGUAAAAUGUUUGAGAUCGCAUUAAGAACUGAUGAUGCAUAUAGACUCUAGAUGAUUUUGUGGUUUGUUUCUGUGUGAUAUGAGAAGCUGUUGGUCACUGAAUUCAUUGAAUUAUGUAAAAAUACACCCCCCAAAGAUUUAAUUUUAAAUCAUUUCUGAUAGAGUAAUUUUAUUUUUUAUGUCAUAUGGCUUCAUGUUCAUAUUUCUUGAGUUACAUGUUCUGCUUUAUUUUUCUUUUAUAAAAGCUUUUGAAAAUUUA